AUGGUUAUGACCGUCCUGCAUCCACUGUAUGUGAAACAUCCACCAUCAGUGAAAUACACUCGGUGCUUCCUCUCUGAGCUAAUUAAAAAGCAUGAGGCUGCUCACACAGAGCCUUUGGAUGAGCUCUACGAAGCAUUAGCUGAAAUUCUUUCUGCUGAGGAAUCCACCCAAUGCCAUCGGAGUUAUUUGCUGCCCUCUGGAAAUUCAGUCUCCCUCUCUGAAAGUACAGCAAUCAUUUCUCAGGGGACCACAGGCCUGGUCACAUGGGAAGCUGCUCUCUACCUUGCAGAAUGGGCCAUAGAAAACCCAGCGACCUUCACUAACAGAACAGUCUUGGAACUUGGAAGUGGAGCUGGUUUUACAGGUCUGGCUAUUUGCAAGAUGUGCUCUCCCAAAGCAUAUCUCUUCAGUGACUGUCACAGUCAGGUUCUUCAGCAGCUCAAAGGAAAUAUCCUCCUAAAUGGCUUCUUGCUAGAGCCAGAUUCCACAGCACCCCUGCAACCUUCAGUCAGUACAUUGGUCUCACCAAAACCCACUGUGAUGGCUGUUCAGUUGGACUGGGAUCUAGUUACUACAGAACAACUCUCUGUCUUCCAACCAGAUGUCGUCAUUGCAGCAGAUGUGCUAUAUGAUCCAGAGAUCAUCCUCUCCCUCACUGGAGUGCUGCAAAAGCUCUCUGCUUGCCAGGCAGAUUAGGGAUCUCCAGACAUGUACAUUGCCUUCACCAUACGGAACCCAGACACUUACCAGCUGUUCAAAACGGAGCUCAGUAAGUACACUGAGAGGGAGGUGAGAAUACCUUUAGUCUAGUUGCUUUCCUCAAGGAGACAGAUCUAGGCCUGUACUAAAUAUGUACAAAGUGGACCUGGAGAAGGUAAAGCAAGGAGGCCAGAAGAGUGGAGAGAAAAGAAAUGGUAUGGCUCCAGUGACCCACUAAUAGAAAUUACUAUGGAUGGCAAUUGCUUCUGGCAACAGGAAUUAACUCUCAGACUGGCUGUAGCUAGUGGUAAAGGAAGGAAAGAUUCAGAGUCUGCUGCCAAGAAUCAAACAGGAAAAUCUUGUAGGCCUUUGAGUUCUCUCAGUUUUUUAUUACUUACUCAACUAAAAUGAUUCCUAUUCUCCAAUAUUGAGUUAAGCAUGUUACUUUUUAAAAAUCUCUAAACCCUUUCCCUUAAUUUCUUCCCUCUCUUAAGUCUUAAAGCUAAAUAUAAAUUUAUCAUUCACCAGAACAUUCUCCAGACCUCUCUCUACCCUUCUAGUGUAUCUGAUGGUACAACAGCCAAAAAAGGAUUACUGUCAAGGAACAGAUCUUUUAUAAAUUCUUCUGUUUCCAUCCUAUAGCUAACAGUAGGAAGCAAUUAGCACUUGGUGCUAAUUUUACAGUUAGAAGUUGAUUUGAUUUUUUUUAAUCCUAAUCUUACAAGUAAUUAAAUGCUUCUACAAUCAUUGAAGCCAUUAGUAAAUGAAAAUAUGUUUGCAUUUCACAAGUAUCAUACUAGGAAUCAAGUUCAACAAACACUUCUAUGUGCUAACAUCCUCUUCUUAAGGUAGAAGGCCUUAAAGAAGUAAUUAACCUUGAAAAUAGCAUAAUGAAUGAAUUUGGUAAUGAUUCUUCUCUACUGUGGAUUUUAGUUAAAACCUAAUACUGUCAAGAAAUUAGUAGAUUGUCCCUUAAUUUACAUUUCUACUCUCAAUCUAAUUUAGAAAAAAAUUCUCAUCAAAGUAUUAACACAAAUUAUUAUGGAAAUUAUAUAUCUUCAUGUCAUUUUGAUUAUUGGGAACAAAAAUAAUAAUAAAAAUAUCUGCAUCGGUCAGAAUCUGAUGUCACAGCUUAAGGAAAACAGUAAUUUUUGAACAGAAGUGUUAAUAUGUAAUAUGGAUGACAAGUACAAAGCUCUAUACUGACAGCCCUUCACUAAUGCCUCCCUCUAAAUCUAUACCCCUAAAGCACCACUGUACUAAGAUAUUUUCUAUUUGUUUCUUGGUAGAAUUGGUAUUGGAUGACAGAAACCUCCUAGCCACAAUCAGAAAUUUUUCCAUAUAAAAAACAUUCAGAGAUGGUAAAUCUUUUUUCAAAAUUUUUUAUUAACUUAUUUUGAUUUAUCAACAAUCACUUCCACA